GAUAGAGAGUUAUAAGGCCAUCCUCUCUUCUCUUUGGCGAGGUACCCCUAGUACUAGCAACCACACAGUGCGGACGGUUCGUGCACUGAUCGCCUAAACCGCAACCAAAGAUCCCGGCCGGCCAGCGCGGCGACGAGAUAUCGAAGAGGCGCCAUGCACUCGCAGAACCACUGGGGCGGGUCGUUCGAGAUCACAGAUCCAUCGGAGGUUGAAGACAAUCACAGCCGCAACAUGGACAUCGACCCAGGCGCGCUGCAGCAGCGCCAGCUAGACGAGACGCAGCAGAGCUGGCUGCUCGGCCCGCCUGAGACCAAGAAGAAGGACAAGUACAUCGACCUGGGCUGCGUCCUGGUCAAGCGCAAGCUCCUCUGGUCGAUGCUCGGGGCCGUCCUCGGCGCCUUCCUCCUCAUCGGCCUCCCCAUCAUCAUCGCCAAGUCCAUCCCCAAGAAGCCGUCCCGAGCGCCGGCCCCGGACAAGUACACCCAAGCGCUCCACAAGGCGCUCCUAUUCUUCGACGCCCAGAAAUCCGGCAAGCUUCCUAAGAAGAACGGCAUCCCGUGGCGCGGGAACUCCGGCCUGAAGGACGGGUCGGAUCUGAGGGACGUGAAGGGCGGCCUCGUCGGAGGCUACUACGAUGCCGGCGACAACAUCAAGUUCCACUUUCCGAUGGCUUUCUCCAUGACGCUACUGAGCUGGUCCGUAGUGGAGUACAGCGACAGGUACAAGGCUAUCGGUGAGUAUGACCACGUCCGGGAACUCAUCAAGUGGGGAACCGACUAUCUGCUUCUCACCUUCAACUCAUCUGCAUCAACCAUCAAUAAAAUCUACAGUCAGGUGGGUAUCGCGAAGGUGAACGGAAGCAAGCCGGACGACCACUACUGCUGGAACCGGCCAGAGGACAUGACGUAUGCCCGCCCCGUACAGGAGUGCAACGCGGGGCCAGACCUGGCGGGCGAGAUGGCGGCGGCGCUGGCGGCGGCCUCCAUCGUGUUCCGUGACCACGCCGCCUACUCGAGGCGGCUGGUCCGGGGCGCGGCGACGGUGUACAAGUUCGCGCGCGACGGCGGGAAGCGCAGCCCCUACUCCCGCGGCAACGAGUACAUCGAGUACUACUACAACUCCACGGGGUACUGGGACGAGUACAUGUGGAGCGCGGCGUGGAUGUACUACGCCACCGGGAACAACAGCUACAUCAGCUUCGCCACCGACCCGCGGCUCCCCAAGAACGCCAAGGCCUUCUUCGGCAUCCUCGACUUCUCCGUCCUCAGCUGGGACAACAAGCUCCCGGGGGCCACGCUGCUGCUGUCGCGCCUCCGCAUGUUCCUCAACCCCGGCUACCCCUACGAGGAGUCGCUCCGGGGGUACCACAACAUCACCGGCGUCAACAUGUGCAUGUACUUCCCGCGGUUCGGGGUCUUCAACUUCACCCGCGGCGGCCUCGCGCAGUUCAACCACGGCGACGGCCAGCCGCUGCAGUACGCCGUCGCCAACUCCUUCCUCGCCGCGCUCUAUGCCGACUACAUGGAGUCCGUCAACGUCCCCGGAUGGUACUGCGGCCCCAACUUCAUGACCCUCAACGACCUCCGCUCCUUGGCCAAGUCCCAGCUCAACUACAUCCUUGGCGAUAACCCCAGGAAGAUGAGCUACGUGGUGGGCUACGGCAAAAGGUACCCGAGGCGGCUGCACCACCGGGGGGCCUCCACGCCGAACAACGGCGUCAGGUACUCCUGCACCGGCGGCAACAAGUGGCGCGACGCCAAGGGGAAGGACCCACACGUGCUCACGGGGGCGAUGGUCGGUGGGCCCGACAAGCACGACAAGUUCAAGGACGCGCGGAUCAGCUACGCACAGAACGAGCCCACACUGGUGGGCAAUGCCGGCCUCGUCGCCGCUCUCGUCGCCAUCACUAGCAGCGGCCGCGGCUUGGGCGUCCGCGCCGUCGACAAGAACACCAUGUUCACCGCCGUGCCGCCCAUGUUCCCCGCUGCUCCGCCGCCGCCGGCCACCUGGAAGCCGUGAGGACAGACCUGCCCUACCUGACUUGAGAAAAACUAUUCUACCGGGAUAUCCUAUCUGGUGCACCGUUCGUGGUUGGUUUGAGUUUAUGUUAGUUUUUUUUUCUUGACAUUUUUUCAGAAUUUGCCUUGCUUCAAAGAAUUGCAUGGAUCCACCUUCCGUGGUUGGUUUGAGUUUAUGCUACUUUUCUCUACUGGUUUCGGAAUUUGCCUUAUUUCAAAGUGUUGCAUUUUUUUUUUCAUCUUCUCUUUCAAAAGUGUAUCUUGAUGUUUAUUGUGUAUACUCGUGUGUAUGUCAGCAAACCCAAUCCAAAAUAAGUGCAUUCCUUUUUAUUGGUACC